AAUCACUUUAAAGGCCAUGGUCUAACCAGAAGAUGACCUGAGAAGCCUCAGUUAGCAGGACUAAUACCUAGACUUUCCAGAGCCACAAGUUAAGUUGCAUGGUCCUAGGAAAGAAUCCUAGGGAUUCUUAAAAGUCUUUAAGAUCUCCACAGCAGUAGGCAAAACAGGCCAAGGGAAUUUGGUCACUCAGCUGUCUGGUGCCAGUGCUUGUUCCAGACGUGACUCCUUUUUUUAAUGGCUGAUGCAUUAUUUGAUUGUCUGCGGUGCUGUGGGGUCCUCCAGGCUUGAAAAGCUGCUGGAGAGAGCGUGAGACAUGUUGCAAUACUGAAUCCUCUCUUUUUUGCUCCAGGAUUUCAGAUGUGUUCUAAGCCUGGCGGGGUGAGCAAGCUUCUGGGCAGUGAUGGAGACUCAGCACAGCAGUGGGUCGCAGCCCUUACUACAGGCUCGGCGUGACAGUGGGAGACCGCACGGGGAGCCCGACCUGCGGGAUGUCCUGAUGCAGCAGGUUCACGUCUUGUCGUUGGACCAGAUCAGAGCCAUCCGAAACACAAAUGAAUACACAGAGGGACCUACGGUGGCUCCGCGGCCAGGGGUCAAAUCGUCUCCUCGGGUGACAACCCAACCCAAAAGUGAAAGGCCUCAUGGGUUGCCUGAGCAUCGUCAUUUCAGCCGGAUCCAGCACACACAGACGCACUCAUCUCCUCGAGUGCCUCUGUCCCGGUCCAUCAGCACAGUCAGCACAGGCUCACGGAGCAGUACAAGGACGAGUACAAGCAGUAAUUCGUCAGAACAAAGACUUCUGGGAUCGUCUUCGGGGCCAGUUGCUGAUGGGAUAGUCCGAAUGCAGCCUAAGUCUGAGCUCAAGUCGAGUGAGCUGAAGCCACUGAGCAAAGAAGAUUUGGGAGCACACAGCUACAGGUGUGAGGACUGUGGAAAGUGUAAGUGUAAGGAGUGCACUUAUCCAAGGACCCUCCCCUCAUGUUGGAUCUGUGACAAACAGUGUCUUUGCUCAGCCCAGAAUGUGGUUGAUUAUGGGACUUGUGUUUGCUGUGUGAAGGGCCUCUUCUAUCACUGCUCUAAUGAUGACGAGGACAACUGUGCUGACAACCCCUGCUCCUGCAGUCAGUCACAUUGCUGCACUAGGUGGUCCGCCAUGGGUGUAGUGUCCAUCUUUCUGCCUUGCUUGUGGUGUUACCUACCAGCCAAGGGUUGCCUUAAGUUGUGCCAGGGCUGUUAUGACCGUGUAAAUCGGCCUGGGUGCCGCUGCAAACACACCAACACCGUUUGCUGCAAAGUUCCCAGCGUACCCCCCAGGAACUUUGAAAAGCCAACAUAGCAUCACUAGCCAGAAAUACUAAAGUAACAAGGAUUAUUAUUUUAACGUACAUAUGCAACCAACUAAGCAGCUAUGGUCUUGGCACUGUAGUAGAAGGGUUGGGGAUGUACUUUGCUGUUUGCAGUGAAAUGCUUUUCUGUGUGUGUGCCAUCUUAGCUGAUACGCUUGUUAGAAUCCAGCUAGUGGAAUACAGGGGAAAAAAAAGGGAUGCAGUACAUUCUGACCCACAUAUUGCAUAAGCUAAAGCAACACAGACACUCCUAGGCAACUCUAUUGUUUGUGAAUAGUACUUGCAAAAUUUGUAAAUUAGCAAAUGACUCCUUUUUUUUCAUUGUUUUCUGCCAGAGAUAAUGUGCUAUAUUUUUGUAUAUACAAUAAUAUUUUCAACUGUGAAAAGUAAGUGCUGUCAUAAGACAUGGCACAGUCACAAAAUAUUAUACUAAUAUGUUGUACAUUCGGAAGAAUGUGAAUCAAUCAGUAUGUUUUUAGAUUGUAUUUUGUCUUACGGAAACCUUCUAUUACAAGACUUUGAUUUCCCUUUGGACUUCAUGUAUAUUGUACAGCUACAGUAAAAUUCAGCCUUUAUUUUCUAAUUUUUCAACAUAUUGUUUAGUGUAAAGAAUAUUUAUUUGAAGUUUUAUUAUUUUAUAAAAAGAAAUAUUUAUUUUAAGAGGCAUCUUACAAAUGUCGCCCCUUUUUAUGAGGACGUCAUAGUUGCUGCAGAUAAGGGGUGAAUGAUGCAUAUGUUCACUAUAAAAUAGAAAAUAUAUUAACGUUUGAAAUUAAACUGGGCUACUUGUCAUUUUUUCCCAUUUAUUGUUCUGAGUUGGGAGAAUCGAUAGUUCUAAUUGCAAACUUGACAGUGCUAUAAUCACAGUGAGCCUAAUGUGAUUUUUAAGUGUAUUCUUUUGUUCAUGUUUACUUCUUUACCUGAAAACAGUGCAGGAUUUUUGCUCCCUUUCUUUGCACAAAUGUCCCAUAUACUGUUCCUACAAGAGAAAAGGAAAAUGAACAUAGGAAAAUGCAUUAAUUCAUUCCAGACUAGGACUAAUAAGCACUGAAAGCUUGACCUAUUCUAUAAGUGAUGAGCUUUUAUGAUUCAAAUAGGAAAUAAGUAAUCAUUCACAAGAAAUGUUAGGCUUGCAUGGAUUUACUCAGUGAGAGAGAGGAGGAAAAACACGUAAUUAAUACUGUCAGUGCAAAAAGUUUGCAGGAUUAUUUGCUAAAGUUAGAAGAAUAUGCCACAGGGAAUGAUAGAUCUGAAUGCAGUCCAGCCUUAUGUCAAACAUUUGCCUCACUUGUAAGAAGAAAGUUGCUUGAUUUGUCAUUUGUGGCAGUUACCUUCUACUGAGGUCAAAAUCCUUUCCCUGCCAAGUUUCCCACCGGAAGCCUAGAGAAUGAUUUACCUUUCUUUAUUAACAAACUAUCAUUUCCUGUUCUGAGCAUGUCAGUCCAAGUUUAGAGGUCUUAAUGUUCAAUUUUAUUUAUACAUUUCUUAAGCUGGCAUUUAAGAAUAGUUGUAAGUAUUUUUAAGCUGAUGCUUAAAAAAGUCUCCCAGACUUUUCUGAAGCCCCUCCAAGAUAAACAAGUUAUUAUUAAUAAAUUAAGAACUCACUAAAAGUUGAAAACCAGAGCAUUGAGUAAAUGUUCUGUCUUUUUGCCCCUUAAUUUUCAUCUCAGAUCUGGUAUUUGGAUGAUUUUACAUAGGUCUGUAGUACUCAGAAAUCUUACAAUGUGUGUUUGUGCAUAUUGGUUAUCAAUCAUCAAGUGAAAUUAAAAAGUUCUUGUUCUCUUUCUC